UCUAACAACCAAUAAAAAAACGAGGUUUAUCAAUGUUCUGCCACGUAAAUGAAAACAAUAGUAGUAGAGAAAACAAAUUCCUGUGAAUCAAUCUGUCAUUCAGAUGACUGUACGAGUAGUGUAUCCGCCUUGAAUUAAAUUUUUUGUGAACAAAAGUUGCAGGGUCCACAAUGGCGGCCCAAGUACAAGCCCUGUAUGACUUCGCGGGUGAACCAGGGACCACAGAAAUGUCAAUCACUUGUGGGGAAGUGUUAACUCUUUUGAAUACAGAUAUUGGUGAAGGAUGGUGGGAAGGAAAAAAUGCUCAGGGUCAAACAGGUUUGUUUCCUGCAGCAUAUGUAAGGAAGCUCUCUCCAGAAGAAUCAGCACCAACAAAAGUUGCUCCUCCUGCACCUAGAUAUGACCAGGCAGCUGAUGAAUGGGGCGAACAACAGUUUAGUGCAGGAGAUAACAAUUACCAGAGAGCAGCCUCACAUGAUGAUGGCUGGGAUGACGAUUGGGACGACGAUACAUAUUCAGAAAUAGGUCCAGGUGCUCCUCAAAAUAAGCCAUCAAUGAGCCGCCAGCAACAACUUACCCCAUUACCUGGAAUGCCUAUUAGUGACUUCAAUCAACAAAUAGAUGACAACACUUCCUCAUUCGGUUCAACAGUUGGAACAGUGAGAAAAAAUAAAUUUGCACCAUCUUCAAAAAUUAGCGGAGAGAGCUAUUUAUUGGCAACAUUAAAUGUCGAGGUGCCUGAAACUGAAAAAGUUUAUAUAGUUCAAGAAGGAGAUGGCUAUGUAUGGGCCCAAAUUACACAGCCAUAUAAUGUAACAGUUGCAUCUCCGAAGAAGGAAUCAAAAUUCAAAGGUAUUAAGAGCUUUAUAGCAUAUCAAUUAACUCCUUCCUUUAAUAAUAUACAAGUUUCUAGAAGAUAUAAGCAUUUUGAUUGGCUACAUGAGAGAUUACAAGAGAAAUUUACACUUAUACCCAUACCACCGCUACCAGAUAAACAAAUUUCAGGCCGCUAUGAUGAACAAUUAAUUGAACGCAGGAGAGUACAGUUACAAGAGUUUGUAGAUUGGAUGUGUAAACACCCUGUUUUAUCUAAAAGUGAGGUCUGGCAACAUUUUCUAACUUGCACUGAUGAAAAACGUUGGAAAGCUGGUAAAAGACAAGCAGAGAGGGAUAACUUAUUAGGCCUUAACUACUGUGUAUCAUUAGUUGUACCUGAAAAAGCUUUAUUGCAAUCACAAGUAGACCAUAUUACAGAGCAAUGUCACACAUUCAUUGGUAGUAUGGAUACAUCAGUAAAAUCUGUUACCAAUAUGUGUCUAGCACAAACAAAGAGGUUCCAAGGUCCUUACAAAACUGACUGUCAGAAGGUCGGUGAAGCAAUUUAUAACUUAGGAAAUGCCCUCAGCUUGGACGAGGGGACUGUCAUAUCAACUUCAAAACUCACAUCUGCUAUAAAGAUGACUGGUGGUGCUUAUAUCGAAAUUGGCAGGAUGUAUGAGGAUCAACCGAAAUAUGAUUGGGAACCCCUCGGUGACAAAUUCCACCUAUAUAAGGGCAUUGUAGGUUCAUUUCCAGAUGUUUUAGCCAAUCACAAGGGAGCUGUGCAGAAAAGACGAGAGUGUGAGAGAUUGACAGCUGAACACAAAAUGGAAGUAGCACAACUGAAUGAAGUAUUGAGAAGAACCGAUGUCAUAUCAUACGCCCUUCUUGCCGAAAUCAAUCACUUCAAAUCAGAAAGAACAGACGACUUGAAAGCGACAAUGCAGAAAUUCUUGAGACAACAAAUUAGUUUCUAUAAAAGAAUAGUCGACAAAUUGGAAGUAACUCUUAACCAGUAUGAUGAAUAAUACCUCAAUUAAAUGACUAAUGAUAGAAUUGAAAAUUUUCAAUGAGCAUUUUGAAUAUGGACUAUUUAUUGCCAUUGUAUCCUAUUAUAAUAUUGGUAUUGAUAUUUUGUAGGUAUAUCUAAAAUCUUAGGAUUGAAAUGGACUUGGAUAAUGAAUUUAUAUUGUGAUGAAAGUGACUGAAUGUAAAAUAAUGCUUAAUACACACAAAACUGUUUAAUUUUUAUAUACUGAGAUGUUCUGUAUAUAGUUUGCUAUAUUACAUUUUCCAUAAAAUAAUAUUUUUUAUCACUUAUAUACGAUUUUUUAUUUGAACUUUUACUAAUAAUUUUUCAUUUAUUUUGAGACAUUGUGUAGAAUAAGUGUUGUAAUAUUCCAUUUUAAAGUAAAACAAUAAAAAGUAAAAUCGUU